AUGUUUAGCCAUUUAAUGCGCUCGGUAGCGAGCUGUAGAAGGGUUCUGACUCACUUUCAGUCGCCAAUUCUGGUUCAAACGAGAACUUUGAUGAAGACUCAUAAAGGCACUGCGAAAAGAUGGAGAAAGACAUCUACGAGCUACAAAAGGGGCCGUGCGGGCAGGAAUCAUGGUAAUGCGGGCUGGAGUAGAUCUUCACUGAAAUCUUUGAGUGGGAAAACUCUGGCACACUCCACUCACAUCAAGCAUCUAAAAAGACUACUUCCGUAUCAAUGA